UUGAAUUUAGUUCAUUUUCAUAUUUAUAUUUUUAGUUGUUCCAACUUAUUAUAUGUUUCUUAUAUUUUGUAAUUGGCAGUUGCACUGAAUGUGAAUUUGAAUUCAUCCAAAGAAUUAUUAAAGAGAUAUCAAUUACCAAAUCAAAUCGUAUGCAAUUAUUUGUUGCAAAAUACCCAAUUGGAAUAGAUUCUCGUGUUGAGGCUAUAGAAUUGCUUUUAGAUAUGAAUUCAUAUGAAGUUCGCAUGCUAGGCAUUUGUGGCCUUGGGGGAGUAGGCAAGACUACAAUCACAAAAGCUGUUUAUAACAGAAUUAUUGAUCGUUUUGAAGGAAGUUGCUUUCUAGAGAAUGUUAGAGAAAAUUCAGGGACAACCAAUGGCAUAAUCCAACAACAAGAGAGGCUUCUUACUAAGAUCUCAGGAAAUAGAUAUUUGAAGGUGGACAGUGUAUCCGAAGGAAUCAAUAUGAUCAAGGAAAGACUUUGUCGGACAAGAAUUCUUUUAGUUCUUGAUGAUGUGGAUGAAUUGAAAGAGAUAGAAAAUUUUCUUGGAGAAUGUAAUUGGCUUUCUUUGGGAAGUAGAGUCAUUAUAACAACAAGAGACAAACAUCUAAUAACCGCACUUGGUAAAGAUUAUCCAAUUUAUGAGGUUAAGGAAUUGAAUCAAAGUGAAGCUCUUGAACUCUUCAGUUUGCAUGCCUUCCAAACAGAUAAACUUGAGAAGGAUUAUUCGAAACUUGCUAAGCAAAUUAUAAAUUAUGCCAAUGGCCUUCCAUUGGCUCUAAAAAUAAUAGGUUCUGAUUUGUGUGGCAAAAGUAUACAUGAAUGGAAAAGUGCAUUAGAAAAGUAUAAAAACAUUCCUCACAAAAAAAUACAAGAAAAACUCAAAAUUAGUUAUGAUGGACUAGAAAAAACUGAAAAGGUUAUUUUUCUCGAUAUCGCAUGUUUCUUCAAGGGAUUCUCCAAGGAUUUUGUUGUAAAUAUAUUAGAUGCUUGUAAUUUAUAUCCAAAUUAUGGUAUUAAAAGACUUAUUGAUAAGUGUCUCCUAACUAUUGAUCAAUUUGGCCAAUUGUCGAUGCAUGACUUGCUGCAACAAAUGGGUAGGGAAAUCGUUCAACAAGAAUCAGAAGAACCUGAAAAUCGUAGCAGGAUAUGGUGUUAUAAAGAUGCUCAUGAAGUACUAACCAGAAAUAUGGGGUUGAAUAAAAUUCGAGGCAUAAUGUGGUGCUCACCUAAACCAAUAAUGGUGUCAUUGGAAGCUAAAGCUUUUAAAAGGAUGGAAAAUCUCAAAUUUCUUAUAGUUCGUAAUGUACACAUUUGUGAAGAACUUAAAUAUCUCCCCAACGGGUUAAGGUUGCUUGAAUGGCAUGAAUUUCCUUUUUCCUUACCAUCCAAAUAUUGUCCUCAACAACUUGUUGCACUCGAUAUGCCCCAUAGUCGCAUUAGACUAGAGAAGCUAUUGAAACAGGGGAUCAGGUUUGAAAAUUUAAAACUUAUCAACCUCAGCUGGUGUGAAUCCAUUGUAGAUUUACCUAAGUUAUUAGCUCCAAACUUAGAGGAACUGGACCUUUCUUGUUGUAAAAAUUUAGUUAGAUUGGAGACACUAUUUGAACAGGGGUCCCAAUUCAAAAAUUUGAAGGGUAUCAAUCUCCAAUACUGUGAAUCUAUCACAAAAUUACCUAACUUAUGCGCACCAAACUUAGAGAAAUUGGACCUUCGUUAUUGUAGAAACUUAGUUGAAAUUCAUGAGUCUAUUGGAUUUCUUGAUAAGCUUGAAAGAUGGUACCUCAUAUCUUGUGAAAAACUUAAAACUCUUCCAAGUAACCUCAUGUUGAAAUCCCUUGAUGUUUUUGAUCUUGAGGGCUGCUUAAGCCUUGAGAAGUUUCCUAAUAUUCAUCCAGAAAUGAAAUGCUUAGAGUCUUUAGAUUUGCAAAGGAGUGGUAUUAGAGAGUUGCCUUCAUCAAUUGAGUAUCUCACUAGUCUAACUGAGUUACACCUAAAUAAUUGUCAAAACCUUAGGGAUCUACCAGACAGCAUCUAUAAAUUGCAAAUGCUUAAGAAAUUAUGGAUUUCUACCACCAAAUUGAGACCAGUGUGCAAUUCUUUUGAUAGCCUUUCCAGAUAUGGGGUUUUGGGGUUGGAACAUCUGAAUCUUAGCGAUUGUGAAAAUAUAAUUGAAUUGGACUUUUUUAUGAAGCCUGAUUACUUCCCUUUUUUGAAAUAUCUAUGUCUAUCUGGAACUAAUGUUGUUACCAUUCCUAAAAGCAUUAGUAGAUUUACUAAAUUAAAGGAACUUCAAAUAUACAAUUGCAAUCAGCUUCGAGAAAUUCCAAUGCUUCCACAAUCUAUAAGAAGAGUAUAUGCAAAAAACUCCCUAGUGUUGGAUCCACAAUCAUCAAGCAAAUUAUUAACUCAGUUUGGAGAAAUUCUAAGGCUACCUGAUAGAAUGUGCGAUAGUGCAAUAAGUGACAUCAUUGUUGAUCCUCGACCAUCAAGCGGAUUAUUGCAUGAGAUUGUUCUCUCUUCCUCGGUCUUUGAUGAUUUCUCAUCUGAAACUGAGGAUUAUGGAUCCGAAGAUGAGGAUGAUGAUUAUGAAAUUAUAGUACCAGGAACUGAGAUUCCAAAGUGGUUCAAUUAUCAAAGUGUUGGAAAUUCCAUAUCAUUCCAGCAGGUUGGUCGGAAGUUUCCAAAAUUCGCUGUUUGCAUUGCUUUUGGACCAGAGGCAUAUAUAGGUGAAUGUUAUUGUGAGGUUUACCUUUCCAUCAAUGGUUGCGAAAAAAUUUUCUAUGAUUCAAUUUUUAUGAAAGAAAUUUCUAAUCAUUUGUGGUUAAUUUCUAUAUCUCAUCAAGCGUUGCUGAAGAAAUUAAAUUACUCAAAUCUAUUUGAACAAAAUCAUGUUGAGGUUAUAUGGAGAAUUGAGAAUUGGACGAUAAGUUCUUCUUCUCCCAAUCCAAUAAAUCUUACCAAUAUCAUAAAAAGGUGGGGGGUCUAUGUAGAAUGCACACACUUUUCUCAGAAAUCUGGUAUCUUCCAUGACUACUACAAAAAUGUUGAUGAUGAUUCACAAGAAGAGAGGUGCCCAGCGAUGUUUAGCUUUACAAGUACUUCGGAGACACAAAAUAUGCUGAUUGGUGAACCAGGAAUGCAACACCAAUUUCACUCCAACAUUGUCCCAAGACCCCUAAAUGAAUGUGAAGGGGCCAAGAUGGCUGUGCCUUACUUGCCCUUUCCUAGUGUUACACUUGAUGGUGAGUCUUCCUUGGUUCCUAGAGAUACCAAAAACCCACCUUUGCCAUUAUUGUUCUCCACUUCUUAUGGUUCAGAUAUGGAUAACAGGGAUUUCAACAUUGUAGGAGUUAUGGGGCUUUCAAUGAAAACAAACUCAGGUUUGACACAACCAUAUUUGGGAUUAGACUCAAUGACUCAUAGUGAUGUGUAUGGUUUGUAUUCAUCACCAAUUGCAAGCAUUGGAUAUAAUGACUCAAAUGCUGGAGAUGGUUGGCCUCCCUUGGUUCUUGAUAACAUUGAGCAACUUUCUUUGCCAUCUAAUUUAGAGCUUCCAACGGAAACACCAAAUAAUGGGUUUGACUCUAGUUUAGGAGGUGGAAAGUAUUUAGGAUUUGACUCAAUAUUUCAUAGUGAUGGUUAUAAUUUGGAUUCAUCAUCAAUUACAGGAGAACUUCGGCCUCUAGCAAUCCUUAAUGACACUAGGCAUGAUUCUUCUCCAUCUUAUUUGAAGCUUCCAAUGGACACAACUAGUGAAUCCAACUUAGGCUUGGGCUGGCCAGAUUUGGGGUUUUGCUCAACGGUUAAUGAUGGGUUUGAUUUGGGCUCCUCUUCAAUGCCCAUUACCUUUCUAGAUGAUGACUCCAACUUAAAUUUGCAUCCAUCUUCAAAGAAAAUGAGAAACUUUUGA